GAUUGGGAGCGAUCCAUUAGUCAACAAGGUGGUUUCUUGAACAGCCAGAUACUGGUUGAGAAAGCACGACAAAUCUGGCCUCAAAUUCCCCAAUAUCGGCAUCUGCCAACCCCAGAGUUUAGUGUGGGCUGGCUUGCCAACUUCAAAAAGCGUCAUCAUAUACAAAAAAGGGCUCAUCACGGUGAAGCUUCAUCCACACCUCUCUCAGCUGCUGAAGAAAUGAAGAAUAUUCGAACAUUAUGUGGGGAAUAUAACGAAGAGGAUGUCUAUAAUAUGGAUGAGACAGGAUUGUUUUGGAGGAGAGCACCCUCAACUGGACUUUCAAGCAAUAGUCUGCCUGGUAUUAAGAAAGAUAAGACAAGGAUCACACUUGUUGCCUGUGUCAAUUGCACAGGAGCAGAUCGCCUUCCUUUAUGGAUCAUUGGCAACUCAAAGGUGCCUCGGUCUCUACGUGGAUUGAAUAUUCAAGCCCUUGGCGGUAUCUGGACAUCAAACAAGAAGUCUUGGAUGACAUCUCUUAUUAUGAAAGACUGGCUUCUUGCUUUCUAUGCUCAUAUUGGACGCCAGCGUUCAGUCCUUCUCAUAAUGGACAACUUCCCAGCUCAUAUUGGCGGUGUUGAAUUAGCACCACCACCAACCAACAUUAGGGUCCAAUGGUUGCCUUCAAACUCUACAAGCAUUUAUCAACCACUUGAUCAAGGCAUUCUCCAGAACAUGAAAGUGUAUUACAAGCGCAGAUGGUUGCACUACAUGAUUGAGCAAUAUGAGAUGCAACUUGAUCCACUAUCAACUAUUACAUUAAAUGACGCUGUCCACUGGAUUCUUUCUGCGUGGAAGCAUGAAGUGACAAAUACUACAAUCUAUAACUGCUUUCGAAAAAGUACGGUUAUCCAGCCACAGCUUCCAAAUCUACCAAGUGACCCUAUUCCAGAUUUGUCAACUCUAUACUGUGAAGUUCAGCGAACAGGCCAUAUUCAUGAAGCAAUAUCACUGGAAAACUUCCUUGAUCCUGUGGAGGAAAAUAUAGUUGAUAUGGGGGAGCCUGUUGAUCUUGAUUCUAUUAUUGCACUGCAUACACAAGAUACUACGAACUUCCCUGUUGAAGAGGAUCAAGGGGAUGAAGAAGAUAGUAUCAUAAUCCAGCCACCACCAACAGCUUUUCAAGCACUUCAGGCAAUCCGUACAGUGCUAAGGUUUCAAGAAUAUGCACCAAGUUCUCAGCAUGAAGAUAUCAAUGUACUACAGCGGUUAGAGCGCCAGUUGCAGCAGCAGGAACUGGAUUCGCGGACUCAGCGGACAUUAGAUUCAUGGCUUAUGUAA